GUUGGGAGGGACUUAAUUCAACAAUAAAUAGAGCAUCAUUUCUGAGCACAAUAUUGUUCAACUAGACCCUCUUCACAGACUGCUGCAGAUAACUGCUGAACUGUGAAGGUCUUCUGUGAGGUUGAUACAUUGAUACGUAUUCCAGGAUGGCCAUCCGUGUGAUUGUGUUUCUAACACUUACUGGACUGUGCGUCGCUGAUUCCAAAGAAACAGGGAAUCUUGCUUUUGGAGCCACAGCUGUCCAGUCUACCACAUACCCUCUAUCGGGAGCUCAAAAUGCAGUUGAUGGCAACAGGAAUUCAAUUUUCAGUCGACAAUCAUGCAGUGCGACUAAUGCAGAAAAGGACCCCUGGUGGAGAGUUGACUUGCUGGAAGUCUACAAGAUAACCAGGGUUAGCAUCACUAAUCGUGGAGAUGGUUUUGCAGAAAGAAUAAAUGGUGCUCAGAUCCGUAUCGGCAGCUGCUUGGAAAAUAAUGGCAACAAUAAUGAUCUAGCUGCGACUGUUGAGUCCAUCCCACUUGGAGAGACAAAAUCAUUUGAGUUUCAGCCUAUUGCAGGGCGAUAUGUCAACAUUUUCAUACCUGGGCGCACUGAACAUCUCACACUGUGUGAAGUCGAGGUGUUUGCAGAAAACAACACACCGUCAUACACUUGUGUUCUAACCCAAAGGAAUCUUGCUGUUGGAGCCAGAGCUGUCCAGUCUUCCACAUAUCAAUUAACCAUUGCUAAGAAUGCUAUUGAUGGCAACAAGAAUUCAAUUUUCAAUCUUGGGUCAUGCAGUGCGACUAAUUGGGACAAGGACCCCUGGUGGAGAGUUGACUUAUUGGAAGUCUAUGAGGUAACCAGGGUUAGCAUCACUAAUCGUGGAGAUGGUUUUGUAGAGAGAAUAAAUGGUGCUCAGAUCCGUAUCGGCAACAGCCUGGAAAAUAAUGGCAACAAUAAUGAGCUGGCUAUAACUGUUGCGUCCAUCCCGCUUGGAGAGACAAGAACAUUUGCUUUUAAGCCUAUUAAGGGGCGGUUUGUCAACAUUUUCAUACCUGGCCGCAAUGAACAUCUCACACUGUGUGAGGUUGAGGUGUUUUCAGAUUAAGUGGAAUGAGAUGAUGUUACACCACAGUCCACUGAUCCUAUAAGCAAAAUACCAAACUACUGUUUUCUGAGCAAUACUGAUAUUGCACUUUUUUCAUUGUUUUCAUUUUAUCCGUGCACCUUUUAUUCUUAAGAUAAAAGACAAGUUUCAGUGCACAUUCAGUAAAGGAAUGAAAUGGAUCUUAAAAUGUACCUAUCUUUUACCCAUCUUUGUUUAUCUUUGCUUUCUACAUGAAUAAAUUACUUCAGCAUUG